CUCUACCAUGAACAGUCAUCCUGAGGCGAAUUCGCGUCAUCGCCCCGUGUCUCCAUUGAUACCCGUGAGAUUUCAACAGACUCUAUCUCCCCAUUUCACCAAACAUGACAGACAAUGCAAAGCCUGUGGAAGAGAACAGGCAGCGACUUCAUCGUGAACUGUCAGCAAGACAGGUUCAGAUGAUUGCAAUUGCUGGAACGAUUGGAACGGGUCUCUUCUUAGGAACCGGACGGUCUCUGGCACAAGGUGGCCCAGCAAGUAUCCUGAUAUGCUACGGUAUAAUCGGAUUCAUCGUCUACGUGACUCUCCUCUUGCUCGGAGAGAUGGCAACCCAGUAUCCCAUUGCCGGAUCAUUCAACACAUAUGCAACCAGAUUCGUUUCUCCGGCUUAUGGAUUUGCUCUCUCUUGGAACUACUGGUUCAAUGAUGCGGUCUCUGUUGCGUCCGACUUGACUGCCGCACAAUUAGUGCUCGAAUACUGGACAGACUGGCACACGUGGGUCAUCAGCCUUUUAUUCUGGGUGUUCCUUGUGGCCGUCAAUUCCGCCCAUGUUCGGACAUAUGGAGAGUUGGAGUAUUGGUUGUCAUCACUCAAAGUCAUGACCGUCGUUGUAUUCAUUAUCCUUGGCAUUUUGGUCAACAUUGGCGUCAACGAAGAUCACAGGUACAUCGGAUCUAGUAAUUGGAGAAUCACUGGCGCCCCUUUUGUAGGGGGCUUUGGAGGGUUUGCAAAGGUAUUUGUGACAGCCAGCUUUGCUUAUGGCGGGACUGAAAGCUUGGGAAUAACCGCUGGAGAGACGAAGAAUCCUUCCAAGAAUAUGCCCAAGGUUGUAAAAUUCGUGUUUUGGCGGAUAUUGCUUUUCUAUAUUUUGAGCGUAUUCCUCAUUGGCUUAAACAUUCCUUGGGACUAUCCGAAUCUGUCGAACAAGACAACGACAACCUCACCUUUUACGAUUGUGUUCCAAUAUGCUGGCUCCAAGGUGGCUGCAUCAUUCAUGAAUACCGUGAUACUUUCUUCUGUUCUCUCAGCUGGAAAUCAUGCACUGUUUGCCGGAAGCAGAGUUCUUUAUGGGCUUUCUGUAACUGUACCUCCCCAAGCGCCUAAGAUCUUUUCCUGGACGACUCAUAGAGGAGUGCCUAUACCAGCUCUGAUUCUCACCAGUAGCAUAAGCAUUCUAUGCUUUGGCAGUAGUUUUAUUGGUAGUGGUCAGUUGUGGGGAUGGCUUCAGAACAUCGUUGGUGUGUCCAACCAGAUCGCUUGGCUAUCCAUAGGUCUCGCUAGCUGGAGAUUUCGAAAGGCUUGGAUGCGCCAAGGGCGUUCGCUGGACGAACUCAAGUUCCGGCCGGCAUGGACAUGGCCAUGGGGUCCACCUUUCGUUGUUAUCACGGUGACCUCGCUCAUCCUUAUUCAAGGAUGGUCGUCGAUAAUUCCGACCUUCAGUAUAGUGGAUUUCGUUUCUCUGUAUAUUGAGAUUCCUAUUAUGGUUGGCAUGUACUUGGCAUGGCUCACUUUCAGUCAUCGUAACGCCACGAAGACUGCUGCUGAGACGCGAUCACCGACAAAGGCAUUUCCUUGGUCUGACAUUGUUGAUAUGAAUACGGUCGAUCUUACCACUGAUGAGUACGUGGAACGACUGGCAGAGAGUGCAGAGGCAGAGUGCCAAACGAUCCUACGACGGUUGUAUUACUGGUUUGCAUGACUUUACCCUUGCGAUAAUGUACUAUACCAUGUUUUUAUAUACUAUACAUCCGUGCAACCUCUACCACGCUCACGCUUGCUCUAUAGUGUCACGACAUUCUGGUUGAAUAGCAGUCGCCCAUCACCGAU